AUGAAGAGCAUCGAGUUUAUAUUGGCGCUCGUUGUGCCAACACUUGUUACCGCUCUUGGAGGUCGAGGCUCGAAGUCCGCUCUCAACCUGAUAGCUGCCCGAUCGUCGGAGCAUCACACCCUUCAUUCUGUGGAUGCAGUGACGAUCUGGUGCACUCCUGACAACCCGCAGGUCGUCGUCAAAUCCGGAUUCUUCGUGCGCACCGUUGACAACAAAAGGUUCGAUGGUGUUCUGAGUGCUAACAAGAAAAACGUCUCGUACACCAUUGAGUCGCCAUCGGUUAAAGAUGCUGGUGAAUACAAAUGCGAAUUGGAUACGCCGCAUGGACGGAUUAGCCAUAAAGCCUACGUUUAUUCCCGUCCUGUUGCUCACACUUCGGAGCACUUCACCGAAAAGGAGGGCAAAGAUUUCCAACUAACCAGCACCGGAUUCACAAUUCAGAAAGGAGAAUCGGUCAACCUCACGUGUCCGGUGACGGGAUAUCCGAAACCAGCGGUGAAAUGGUCGAAGAAUGGCGCACCAUUGGCGUUGAGUAAAACGGUCACAAUGGAAGGCACCACUAUUCGAAUUGUGAACGCCGAAUACUCGGAUGCUGGAACCUAUUCGUGCGAGGCGAUCAACGAGUACACUGUCAAUCAGAAAACGAGCAAACUGCUGCUCACCAUUGACAAAAUGGUCAAUGUCAAAAGCGAAUACGACUGGGUCUACCCAUUGGCUGUGAUUCUCGCCAUCCUUAUUCUUCUCGGCCUCAUCAUCGUUACUUGCGAGUUCCGCAAAAAGAAGCAAACAUCGAAAAACUAG